AAAAAGGAAACUCGAAAACUCCCGCCAAAGGAGUUCCCACCAAAAGGCUUGAUUCACCGAGCCAAAUCGUCCCCAGUUCUAACAAACAAGCCUCAUUUUCACUUUUACUCCUCACCAACGCCAUCACUGAUCUCUCCAGGAGCAAUGGUGUCUGAACAUCAAUCGUCGUCUCCGGCGAAUCAAAACCCUAGCUCCAAUUCCAAGAGGGCUUAUCAUGUAGGAGGAAUCCCAGUGGAGUUCCCAUACCAGCCGUACGGAACGCAGCUGGCGUUCAUGGGUCGGGUCAUUUCGACGCUGGAGCGAGCCCAGAGGGAGGGGCACUGCCAUGCUUUGCUCGAGUCUCCGACGGGUACCGGGAAAUCUCUGUCGCUCCUGUGUUCGACUCUGGCAUGGCAGCAGACCCAAAAGCUGAAGAAUCAGUACGCCAAUCUUACCCACUCCAAACCCGAUCCUGAGGCGAUGAGCGAUCCUUUGGGUCAUGGCGGCGGAUUCGUCCCUGAAACGCAGCCUUCGAGAAAUUUGCCGCCGGGGAUGACGGAGCCGACAUCUCAAGCGGCGCCGAGCAGUAAAGCGCAGAAGAAGAAAAUGGCGCCUACUAUCUUUUAUGCAUCGAGGACGCACUCACAGAUUUCCCAAGUGGUACGAGAAUAUAGGAAAACUGCUUACCGGGUUCCAAUGGCUAUACUGGCUUCAAGGAAACAUUACUGCACAAACAAAUCUGUUAUUCAGUCUGGCAAUGUCGAUGAAGAAUGUAAACUGCUCAUGAAGGAUCCUGAAGGUGGAUGCUCAUACUUCAAAAAUAUGAAUAAAGUCAAGACACAUACAUCACUUCAAAAGGGGGGAUGCCAUGAGGUCCAUGACAUUGAAGAUCUUGUGAAAGUUGGAAAUGUUGUUAAAGGUUGCCCAUACUAUGCUGCUCGCUCAAUGGCAGAGGAGGCACAGUUGGUUUUCUGUCCAUAUAGUUAUGUAAUUAAUCCUAUUGUUCGGGGUGCGAUGGAAGUUGACAUCAAAGGAGCCAUUCUUGUUCUUGAUGAAGCCCACAAUAUCGAAGACAUUGCUCGGGAUGCUGGUAGCGUGGAUCUCGACGAAGAUGCUCUAGGGAAACUACAGAUCGAAUUAGGCCAAGUUUGUUCAGGUGAUGCGAUGAUAUACCAGCCACUGUAUGAAAUGAUACAGGACCUGUUGAGUUGGAUGGAGCGGAAGAAAAGUACACUUGAGAUGCGUGAAUUUCAGCAAUUCUACUCUUGUUGGACAGGUGAUCAAGCUUUAAGGGAACUCCAAGAAGCUAAUAUCACACAACAAUGCUUUCCAAUCUUGUUGGAGUGUGCCCUAAAGGCAAUUAAAGAAGCAACUGAUAAAGAGGCAGAAUUUGCUCCUUUAAGUGGCAUGUCCGUCACUAUAUUGGAAGGUCUCUUCUCCUCGCUCACAUAUUUUUUCUCAAGAAACGGAUCCCAUGUUUCUGAUUAUCAGCUUGCUGUCCAGCGAACUGUAAAAAAAGACACAAAAAACAUUGUUACUGGCUGGACACAUACUUUUAGCUUGUGGUGCUUGAAUCCAGCUGUUGUGUUCAAGGACAUCACUGAUCUUUCCUUGUCAGUCAUUCUAACAUCUGGGACUCUGUCACCUAUGAAUUCCUUCCCAUCUGAGCUUGGAGCGACCUUUGGUACUUCUAUAGAAGCCCCACACGUGGUUAAUAUAAAAUCACAGGUUUGGACUUCAGUCAUAUCCUCAAGUCCUGAACAUUAUCCGUUGAAUGCUAGUUAUAAGACUGCAUCUACAUUUGCCUUCCAGGAUGCACUUGGGAAAUCCUUGGAGGAAAUUUUCAAGGUUGUUCCCGCCGGCGCUCUUGUGUUCUUUCCAAGUUAUAGUAUGAUGGGAAAACUAUGCAAGCGGUGGCAAGAAACAGGUCAAUGGUCGAAAUUACAUGCACAGAAGCCCCUCUUUGUUGAGCCAAGAGGAGGAAACCAGGAGGAGUUUGACUCUCUUCUCAAGGGUUACUACAAGUCAAUUUCUGGGAGUGAGAAAGUUCCUGUCGGAAAUAAGAAAAGGACCAAAAAAACGGUCAUCAAGAAAAGAGGAGGUGCUUUUCUUGCUGUUUGCAGAGGAAAGGUCUCAGAAGGAAUAGAUUUUUCAGAUGAUAAUGCUCGAGUAGUUAUAAUAGUCGGCAUUCCUUUUCCAAACAUUAAUGAUGUUCAAGUUUGCUUGAAGAAGAAGUACAAUGAUACAUUCAAAUCAACUAAGAACCUUAUAAGUGGAAGUGAGUGGUACUGCUACCAAGCUUUCCGCGCACUGAAUCAAGCUGCAGGACGAUGCAUACGUCAUAAAAAUGACUAUGGAGCAAUCAUCCUUUUAGAUGAGCGUUAUCAGGAAGAGAGGAACUUAGCAUACAUUUCCAAGUGGCUCAGAAAAUCCAUUCAACAUCAUGAUAGUUUUGACGAGUCAAUUGAAAGAUUAAAAAGCUUUUUCAGUGAUGCCAAGGAAGCUGUUGCUAUAAAUACACCCAGCCCGGUGCCAAAUUUUCUGGUUAAGGUGGAGAAAGAUAUCACCAAGGAUCAGGAAAAUAAUUGUACAGGUGAGAACGAUCACAGGUGGAGCAAGCCGGGCUGUUGUGGGCAGAAGCUGGUUGCUGCACAAAAAUGUAGUCCUUCUGCGAACUUUGACUUCAAAGGUGAAGUCAAGCCAAUUAUAAUAGAAGAUGACAUUGAAAGCUGCAAAGUUAUUGACCUAGAUUGUGAAUCUCCUAAAGCCACUAGGUUUGCUGAGGCAUCUGACUCUCUAGAUCCUGAAUCGACUCUUGUCAGAGAAACUCCAGAUAUGGUUGGGAAUGGGACCCCAUCCACUGGAAGCCCAGAACCUUCAUCUACUGCGCCUAUGGAUUAUGGCUCUAGUAUGAUUCAAACCUCUACUGGAAUAGCAACUCCUAGUGAAGUUACUUACCAGGUCCAGGGUUCCUCGAUAUGCAGCCCUGAGAAAGUGUUUCGUAUAUCUACCUUUAGUCCAACACCAGAAAUUGAUGCUGCUAUGGUUCCGAGUGCUAAUUCUCGUACCCAGAAAAGAAGGAAAUUGCUGGAUUCAGCUUUAUUUACUUCUCCUCAGCAACAGUCUGAUUGUUGCAAUGCAGGAAAUUCAGGAUGUGCCAGCUUAACAAGAAGCCCUUUCUCGAGUGGCCUGCAGCAGCCUGUGUCUUUUGGUCCAGCUCUAAAGAAAAAACUACGGGUUUCCUGCUUGCUUUGCAAAAAACCAUUGGGUCGUCCUGAGAACAACCUCUAUAUUGAAUGCUUGUCGACUUCAUCAUCAAAAGUUCACUUACAGGCCCUCGCAAAGGAAGGAAUGCAGAGUCAAGCUGAGACUAUGUCAACAUCUGUGCCUCUUCUCUUAGCAGACAUAUCAUCAGUAGAUCAUCAUCUUUGUAACAGUACUCGAGAAGAUGCUCCAAGUAAAGGGGCUUGGUCCGAGGAAGAUGGAUGUGUUUUCAAGUCUGUUCUUUGUCCAUUCUGCAGUCAGCCCCAUUGUCUAGGAGUUCAAGUCAUGGCAACUGAUGCAUCAAAUGUUGAGUUGCUUAACAAAAUACUUCUUUUCUACGAUCGUCUUGAAAUUCAGACUGUGGGAGCUUCAGGAGACAAAGCAUCAAAGAACUAUAACCAUGUCCGAAAGAAUGGUUGUGCUGGUAAACAUGUAGCUCCAGAUCCCAUUGAGAGAUUCUCGUUCUCCCCACAACAGAAAACUGGUGGCUGGAGAAGUACAAAGCUGAGUCUACAGAAGAAGAGGCCAAGUCGAUAGAGGGAAAAGGGGUAGGAAAGCUCAAGACUUUGAAUCGCCCAUUUUUGCAAUGUAUGUAGAAUUUGAUUUUGGAUGUAUAUAGCAGUAGUCAAAGUAGAUCGAGUCCAGAGCAGCUUCAGACAUCAGCAAAUAGUAAGCGCUCUACUCUAAUGUAGGCUGCCCUGCUAACUUGGUGGAAGUGAAACUGGACAAAUGGAAUGGACUUCACGUAAAUCAUAAACUCUUGAUUGUUUUAAUGAAUCUGGUUUUGGCACUAAUGUCAAUUGAGACAUGCCUCCUGGCAGACGUAAUAACCAAGAAUUUCAUUGUUUUCAUGAAUUUGAUUCCGGAAUA